AUGUCCUGUGAAUGUGCAGGACACAGCAAGGGUGUCCGUUACAGCUCCAUGAUGACCACCAGCACUUCCAAGGACUCGGAGGAGAGAGCCAUGGAUUCUAUGCUGGUGACCUCCACUCCAGCGUCUGGGACCUUCUCCCACGUCUUCGGUCAGCAGUGCCAACUCAUGGAGGCAGCUGUGCAGUCCUUACAUACCUUAAAUGACCAGAUCUCCCACUUUGUGGUCACCAAGGCGAAGACCCUAGAGGAGGAUAAAGACCCCUUUCUACCCACAGAAAAAGAAUCUCUGAAGAACUCAAUGACAUUGAUGAGACAUCUCCUAAUGGAUGCCCAGGUACAAAGCACCAAGGGAAAGCCUUUGCUGGAACUUUUGGUGUGUUUAUUCCCCACUCCCCUUCCCCCACUGUCUGAAUGGGGGAGGAAGCUGUUCUCUGGGCAUCUGAUCUGUGGGAACAAGCCCAACUCUCAUAUUCAUUGA